CCGCGGUAAGAAAAUGGCCGCCCCCGCUACCUUCCCUCACCCCGCUUCCCUCCGCCUGCCCCGGGCUCCCGCGUCUCCCGCGGGAGGCGGCCCCGACCCGGGGGUCCCGUCCCGUCCCAUUUCGUUCCGUGUCCCCCCCUUCCCCUGACCCCGCCGCUGCGGCAGCCACGGCCUGUCCCGGAGCAGGCGUUGCAGGCGUGGGGAGGCUGUGCGGGGCUGGCCUGGGCCGCGUGUAACAUGCGUGUGCUUGCACCUCCGCCCGUGGGCCAGAGGAAACGCGCGGCCCCCCCUUGCUGACGGCAGGUUCUGACCCUGUGACCUCUGGCAGCUUCCCUGAGCCCGCCGCGGAGUUUCGGGAGGCCAUGGAGCCGCACGUCCCCAUUCAUGCGCUGCCCGAGGAGAUUCGAAAGAUGUCCCGGGAUGAGACAGUGUGUAAAUACUGUGGAGUCAGCUAUUUGAUACUUCAUGAAUUUAAGGUGAUGGAAGAAAAAGUAAAAGCAAUGGAAAAGGAGAUUAAAUUUUGUGAAGGAAGUAUAGAACGGGAAAAAGGACUUCAAGCAGAAUUGCAGUCUCUUUACCAAGACCUUGAACACUAUCGAGCUGACAGUGAAUCAAAAACAGAAAGAAUAAAAAACCUAACAGUGGAACUUAAAAACAAGCAAGAUGAAUUUAAAAAAGUGAAAGAAGAUUUGCGGUAUUUCCAAGAGGAAAAGGAAGCUGCCUACAAGCAAUCACAAGUGCUCAGAAAUACAUUGGAACACCAUUGCUCAACUCUGAACAAGACUGUCUCACUGUUUCCUUUUAUUAGAAGUGAACUAGACAGUAUUAAAGAAGUCAUCUCCAGUAACCUGGAGAACUGGGCUGCCAUGAAGGAAGAAAUUUUUCUGCAAAUAAAAACUGUUAGCAAAGAAGCUUUGACAGAAAUACCCAAAUUGAAUCAAAGGUUAGCAAAAUCCCAGAGAGAGAAUGAAUGCCUCCAAGAAAAGGUAAAACAUCUGACACUGGUAGCUGACACAGUUGAACUGAAAACUCAACAGCUCCAAACCUCACUUCAGCAAGGGAAUGAACUACAAAGUAGGUGCCGUGAACUACAAAAGGAAACAUUAGAUUUAACAAAUCAAGUAGAGACAAUUGGACUGAAGCUGCAGAAAGUAACAGCCGAGAUGGACCACUACAAAAAGCUGUUAAUGGUGAAAUCAACGGAACUUGAUGUCUGUCAAAAUGAACUGAAAAAAAUGAAAUAUGAAAAUGGAAUUUCUGAGUCAAGACUUACAAAAGAGGUCAAGGAAAAGGAGGAAUCUCUUCUAAUUUGCCAGCAAGUAUGCAAGCAUCUACAGGAAGAGGUGGCUGAGAGAGAAAGGAAAGAAGAAGACCUAAAAAGAAGAACUGGUCGAUCAGAAAGUGAGCUGGAAGCACUUAAAGCUCUUCUUAGACAAACAGAGGAAGAGGUGGUGAUGUUGAAACAAGAAAGGGAGUUAAUGCUGAUUUCUCAUCAGAACAGAACAGAGCAGCUGCAGGAAACAUUAAGACAGAAGAUGCGGAAUGAAGAUAACUGGAGGGAGAAGAUGGAAAUUGAUCUGGCUAAAGGUGAAGCACGACACAAAGAAGCAAUUCUUAAAGUCAAGGAAGAAGCUAGAGCGGAACUAGACAUUGAAAGACAAAAACAGCAAGAACUAAUCACAAAAUAUCAGAGAGAGCACGAAGAGCUCCAGAAGAAGAUACCAGGAUUAAUAUCCAGUGCCACCAAUAGCUUAAGGGUGGAGACAGAAAUUCUUGAAAAGAAGCUACAAGAUGCCCAGAUCAAGCUUGCAGAGAAAGAUGAAGAUAAGGAAAAAGAAAUUCAGAGCCUUAAAAGACUAAUUACUGAACUUGAAUUUCAGCUAGCGAUGGAAAAGAAAAAUAAUGAAUCAGUUCUGGAUAACAUGAGGAAAGAAAUUAAACACAAGUCAGAUGAACUGGAAAAAUUAACCCAGGAGAGGACACAGCUGAUUCACAAUUUGAGUCAAGUUCAAGAGGAGAACACUCUUCUCCAGGAAACAGUGCGCAGAGAGUGCGAGGAACGUUAUGAGCUGACUGCAGCUUUGACUCAGGCCAGGGAACAAGUACUGGAACUAAAAAAGCUCAGUGGAAACUUCCCGUUAUCGCCGUGUUCCCUGACUCAGGGCAGCCUAACCUCCUCUGCUGCCCUGCUCACUGAUUAUGGACAGAAAAGCCGCACGAGCCCCAGCGCUGGGAAGGAAAUCAAUCUCUCUGGACAGUUUAGUAUUUCAAGAGCUGCUAAGGUACCCACUUCCAGUAAGCGUAACAGCAGCGGCAGUGUGGGCUUGCCAGCUCUAACCCCACUGCAUCCUCCAAGAGGAAGGGCAGCUUCGCUGAAUGAGCCCAGGAGCAGGAUUGCUGCAGUUAUAAGAAGACAACUGAGUCAGCUCUGACAGCUGACUACGCAUAUACAGCACAUGGGAAACCAUUCCAGUGCAUCAAAUGACCAUCUACUUGUGGAACCCUGGGGCCAGAUCUUAGCCAAUCCAUUUCAUGCAGUUCUACAACUUAGAACUAAGUUAAACUUUUAUAUAUUGUUGGUGCAAUAAUGUUUCUUUGCCCGUUGCGUACCAAUGGAAUUAAAUGCUAUCUACAUUUCAAGAUGAGAAAAGUAAAAAAGAAAAAAUAUUGUCUCCAAGAGGAGCACAUCUUCAGUAGGUGUAAUUAAAAUAAUUGCCAAUUUCAAAUACUGUUCUCCCUAACCACUUUGUUGGAAUUUUCCUAUUCUGUGUGUUCUCCCAUGUAACUUAAUUGCUCGUUUCUGGUGUAAAAAUGCAAUUUGUUCAGUUAGAAUCAAAAUUUUCCCAUUACUUAAUUCAGUAAUGUUAUAUUUGCAAAUAAUUACGCUUAGGUCAGUGAGACUCAUUAGUUAUGGAGUAUAUAUAUCACUCAGCAUGAAAAUGUGGCAAAUCCGUACACUCAGUAGACAAGCCAUUGGCAGGGACAUCGCUUCAUCUGUGUGAGUCUUCAAGCUGUGCUAAUUAACAUGGAGUUGAAGACUUAAUACAUUUUUUCCAAAGGAUUGUUGCCUCUUGAAUUUCAUCAGAAAAGUGUCUUUAUGCGAAGCAUGAUUCUUAGCUUCAAAGUAGACAUGCUGGAGUUCUCUGUAAAAUUGUUACACAGGAGGAUUAGUAUUUUUAUUUUACUGCUUCGUACAUGGGACUGUGGUUUGUUCUGGAGCAUAAAAAGCCCAGACAAU